UCACCCACCCCCUUGCAAGGUCUCCGCCUCUCCAUUUUCUUACAGGAGAGGAUAGCGAAGGCCUCUAUCCCUCUCCUCUUCUCUAUAUAACAAGAUAUAUCUUCCGCCAUUUCCGAAUCUUUUCUUCUUCUUUCUCCUCCCUUUCUCUUUGUUCAUCUUCCAACUUUAAAAGACUCAUUGUGAAACUAAAACAAACUGUGAAUUGCCCGAAAGGGCGCCUCUUCUCUUUACCCAUGCCUCCAAUCAGGUUUUAGAUUCUCAAUCCAAUUGGUCAUCUUGUUAUUCUCACUUGGAAUUCCGAUUUGUGGGUUGAUUGAGUAUCGAUUUAUCGAAGAUCCAGUGCUCUUUGAUUAAAUCCGGAACUGCCCAUUUCUCAGUUACAAAUACUCAUCAAAUUUUCUGAAAUGGACCCUGGGAAGUUGUUCAUCGGUGGGAUUUCAUGGGACACCAAUGAAGAUAGUUUAAGGGAAUAUUUUCAGACUUUCGGUGAAGUAAUUGAAGCCGUAAUCAUGAAGGAUCGAAUCACAGGUCGUGCUCGCGGGUUUGGUUUUGUAGUUUUUUUAAACCCUGUUGUCGCUGAAAGAGUCGUCAAGGAAAAACAUAUCAUAGAUGGUAGAACAGUAGAAGCAAAGAAAGCUGUCCCUAGGGACGAUCAACAAACCAUUAACAGGAGCAACAAUGGCAGCAUUCAUGGUUCCCCUUCGCCAAGUCAAACCAGUAGCAAAAAGAUUUUCGUGGGAGGUUUAGCGCCAACAGUCUCAGAACUCGAUUUCAAGAACUAUUUUGAUCAAUUCGGGAUAAUUACAGACGUAGUGGUGAUGUAUGAUCACAACACCCAAAGACCUCGAGGUUUUGGAUUCAUUACUUAUAAAUCAGAAGAAUCCGUUGACAAAGUUUUGCUGAAAACUUUCCAUGAACUCAAUGGUAAAAUGGUGGAAGUGAAACGUGCAGUUCCUAAGGAGAUAUCUCCAGGGCCUAUUCGUAAUUAUGGAUUAAGUAGAGUUAAUAGUUUUGUUAAUGGAUAUAACCAAAGAACAGAUGGUAGGUUUAGUUUAGUGAGUGGUGUUCGGGGUGGAUUACCACCGUUUAGCCUAUCUAAUGUGGGACCCAACUCUGAUUCCGGUUUAGGUACGAACUAUGGAGGGAAUGGAAUUGUUAAUUCCGGUGUUGGGUAUGGGCGUGUGUUAAACAUAAACCCUAUGUUUAGUGUCGGUUCAAACAGAUAUGCCAUGGGAGGUGGUGGAACCGGAAAUGAAUCUCUCAUUAGCUCACUAAAUCACAACAUAUGGAGUAAUGGGAGUCAGAAUUAUAGAAACGGUUCAAUUGGUGAUUCCUUUGCUCCUGGAAUUGGGUUUGGUAGUAAUGGAGCGAUUUGGAGUAAUCUUGAUUCCGAUCAAGGUGGUGUUGGUGGUGGUGGGAAUUCUAGCUUCAUUGGUAGGAAUCCUAUUGGAUACAGAAGAAAUGGUGGUAAUAGCAUUACACCAACCUCUUUGUAUGGUGAGAUUAAUGGUGGUGGCGGUGGCGGUGGUGGUGGUGGUGAUUUGUUUUCUGUUGACCCCACAUGGCGGCCAUUGUCGCCUGAGCUUGAAGUACCUGGUUUCUUUGGUUAUGGUUUUGGAAAUGGAUCGAAUAGAGGUAUAUCAUACAUGCCAAGUGAAGUGUUAUGAAUAAUGUAGCAUAGCAUACAAGCACAUAACACUUACCUUCUUGUUUGAUACUAUUUGAUUUCAGGAAUUGCUACUUAAAAAGUUAUAAUUUAGAGCUAACAGAAGACAUCACACGAAGCGGUUUACAAUGGAGAGUGUUUACUUGAAGGUUUUAUUGAAGUUUUUUUUGAGUCUUGAAAAUAUAGGUUUUGAGAAUUAUGAUUUUAUAUGAUGAUGAGAUGCGAAGCUUUGAUCGUGAAUAUAUACUAUAUAGAGUGGAAUGAAAGAGGUUAAUUUUCUUGUUUUUUUGGGUUUUUAUUUGUAAAAUGUUUUUAUUUUUUGUUGAGAUACCUUUGAAAGAAAGCAAGUGUGUAUUUGUUGUUAUAGAA